UCUGCUCUGAAGCAUCCAUCACUCCCACAAAUGGAAAGGGAUGCAGGAAUGGCUGGACCAUUCUGCUGAUUCUACAGGGGCGAGAGUUUUCCUUCUGAAUAGUAGGAGGUGGGAAUUAAAAUGCACAGCUUGUGCCCCUGAAAACAGUUGGUCUCCUGCUGCCACCGAGCUUUUUAGCCACCUCUGCAUCUUCCUGUUCCUUAGAUACCAAGUUGCCAACGCUAAACCAAUCAAGAUCCCCCUUUCUCCUCCCCUCCGCUUGCCAGCUAUUCUUUCUCUGGUUUUGCCUCCUUUCUUACUCUCUCUAGCUCAGCUUUGCUUUCGGCCAUGAAGCUCCAGUGGCUCUCGCAUUUCCUUCCCUGCUGCUUCCUGCUUCCAGUGCUGAUGCCCGUGGGAGCAGAACAGCACAUGUUUGAUGUGACCAUUUGGCCAGAAAACCCUGUGGUGGAGCAUGGAGGUUCUCUCUGGCUGAACUGCAGUACCAGCUGCCAGGAGGCAGAUGCCAGGGGAGGCUUGGAGACAUCGCUGAUGAAGGAGAAGAAAGACAAUGGGAGUCACUGGGCAGUUUUCCAGCUUGUGAACAUCACGGAGUGGGCGUCUGCCACUGAGUGCUCCUUCAGCUGUUAUGGAGAGCAUAAAUCUGUUCAGGCAAACAUCAUGGUCUAUCAAAUCCCAGAACAUGUAAUGCUGGAUCCAGUGCCAAUAAUGGAGAUGGGCAAAGUGUAUAAUCUGACAUGCCGAGUUGCCAAUGCUGCUCCCAUCCAGCUCCUCACUGUGACAGUGUAUAAAGGAACAGAAAAACUCCACAUAGAGACCUUUGAGAAUCACAGUGCUCCUGAAGCAAGUGACAUCCUAGUGACCUUCCCCAUAACUGCUCAGCAGGACAAUCACAUGGAGGAAGUCACCUGCCACAUUGCUCUGGACCUGAGGCCUCGAGGGCAGCUCCUUGAAAAGACAUCAUCCAGUGAAGUCCUAAAAGUCUUUGAUUUUCUGGCAGAUCCCCAGCUUCACACUUUGCGCUACGUACAAGCUAGCUCUAACCUGAGUGUGACCUGCGAGAUUGCUGGGGUCUUCCCAGCUGAAGAGGCCCAAUUUGACUUGAAGUUCGCAGAACAGAGUCUGAAUGCCAGCAUCACUCUGUCGGGCAAUACCGUGAGAGCUCAAGCUCAGGUGUCUUCCUUGGCAACAGGAAAUUAUCAGCUAAACUGCACCGUGUCCCUGGGGCCCAUAACCAAAUCUGCAGUGGAGACCGUGCAUAUCUACAAUUUUCCACAGCCUUCUUUGGAAAUCUACCCCUCUGAGGCCCUUGCCAAUAAUCUCGUGACAGUUCUAUGCAACUCAUCAGCGCCUGAACCCCCCAGCUUUUCUCUUCAGAUCCAAAAUGCUUCUGGGAGAAUCUUGGCAUCCAGUGAUGACUUUCCAUUGCAACUCAACCUGACAGCUCAAGAGGAAGACAAUGGGCAAGAAUUUGUAUGUGUGGUAGAACUCGAAAUUGAUGGAAUAACCAUAACAAAGCACACCUCUGCCACACUCUCUGUCUUCUAUGUGCCAGAAAUGGAUGAGUUGUCUUGUCCCAGCAACCAUACAUGGGUAGAGAGAACACAACAAAUGCUCCACUGCUUGGCUAAGGGGAAUCCAAAGCCUUUGGUGGCUUGCUUCAAAGAGGGCAUUGCUUAUGAUGUAGAAGAGAAGACACAGGUUGACCGGAGCCAUGCUGGCAUCUAUAACUGCACGGCCACAAAUGAGCUCGGCUCCAGCACUAGAACAAUCACCAUCCAUGUUGAAUAUGGCCCUGAGCUGGAAGAGUCCAAAUGCCCAAGUCAUCAAACUUGGCUAGAAGGAAACCUGUGGAACCUCAGCUGCCAAGCUGAUGGUAUUCCAAUUCCAGAAGUAUUCUGCAUAAAAGAUGGCAAAGUGUACAAUGCUGGAAGGAUGCACAAUAUCACGCAAAGUCAUGCUGGCAUUUAUUACUGCAAUGCUACCAAUGUACAUGGGUCAAUUACCAAGAUAGUUGCUGUUACAGUGGAGUAUGAGCCUGAAAUGGAUGAUUCCAGUUGUCCUCAUAAUUGGAUUUUGACAGUAGGGACCCCACACGUGUUCACCUGUUUUGCUUGGGGAAACCCAGAACCAACUAUUGAAUGCACUAAAGAUGGAAUGGCUUAUAGUCCUGGGAUUCUCCAGAACGUCACCAGAGAAUAUGCUGGAAGUUAUCUUUGUACAGCCACAAAUAUACAUGGUUCCAUCUCUAGAGCUGUGAGCAUCCAGGUGGAAUAUAAGCCAGAAAUGGAUGAAUCUAACUGUCCAAGCAACUGGACAUUGGUGGAAGAGGCACUGCCAACUUUUCUUUGUAAUGCUGAUGGGUUUCCACCUCCCGAAAUUAUAUGCACCAAAGAUAAUAGAUCAUAUGAUCUCAGCCAAGGGCAAAGGAUCCUAGCUAACAAUGGAACCUUCUGGUGUAAUGCAACAAACCGACAUGGCAGUGUAGCCAAGGCAGUCAAGAUUACAGUUGAAACCAAACCCAAGAUGGAUGAAUCGAGCUGCCCGAGCAAUCAAACCUGGUUGGAAGGGACUCUGCAGUCUCUGGCCUGUGAAGCAAAUGGGAUUCCCACCCCACUUGUCUUGUGUGCCAAGGAGGGAACGACUGGAGAAUUCUACAGAGAGCAGAAUGUCAGCAGGAAUGACUCUGGCAUCUAUGAGUGCAAUGCCACUAAUGGCCAUGGAACAGAGAGAUGGAUGGUGAAUGUGCAAGUGGAAUACAGGCCUGCUACUGCCAUACUAUCUGUCAGUGGUUCUUUACCCAUUAGGAGGGGAGAAAACAUCACCAUUACCUGCCAGGCAGAUGGGUCCCCAGCUGCCAGCUACACCUGGAGGUUGCCCCAUGCCUCCAACAUCAUCUUUAUUGGUAACAACAGCACAGUGUUAAUUGUCCAUGCAGAUGGACAGAACAAUGGUGUGUAUGAGUGCACAGCAAGCAACAAGCAUGGACAGCAGCACAGCCAGGUAGAAAUCCAGGUGGAAGAUCACUGGCUAUAUAUUAUUGUCAUUGUGGCAAUUGCUGGUGCCACCAUGUUGGUCCUGGGAGGAAUGGCUGGGGUCAUUUAUUACCUCAAAUCUACAGCCUGUAAAAAGGGGGAAUACAAUGUCCGUGAUGCAGAGAAUUCUACUGAAGCCACUUUCCUAAAUCGGGAGAGGCCUUGUGAUAUUGACAUCUAUGGCAUACAGCUCACCAGGACCUGAACAAUCUCAGGCAGGUACUCCCAAGAUAAGGUCCAAGGAAGGUAAAUGAAAGAACAACCGUUUUCUAUACCACCCACUCAUAUCUUCCACUAUCUCGGCUUUUGAAGGAAGGGUUUUGGGAUCGUAUAAUUUUCUAAUUCACUCUGCAGUGUGUUAACAGCCAAUUGACUGUCCCAUGGUUGAGCAUGGACAGCCAGUUUUAGUGUGUCGGGUUCUGGCCCAGCCUAGCACAUACAUGGCAUUUUCCCAGACCAAAGCCUGAAAGCAGCCUUCAUCUCUUCCAUUUUUGUAGAUAUCCUUUUAAAGUACUUUCUGCAGUUGAAAAUAUGAAAUGAGUUCAUUGCCUUUUGAAAAUGUUGUAUCGGAGGAACUGACUGCUCUUCUGUCCUGGGACAUGGAUGUUAAUUCUGGCAGUAAAAUUCUACAGAUUCAUUCUUCUCUCCCUAGCUGAGUGGUGCCUUGCCAAGGUGGGAGACAUCAACUUUGGACUAUAAGUUUUCAUAUUUGGAGUGGAUGUAAUGUUUUUAAGACAAGACAAAGGCUAUACUUUAAAAAGAAAUAUGGAGGGAAUUAAUCUUACUAGAACAUGGAAUAAAUGCAAUUAUGAACUGAUAUGCAGAGAAUUACUGAGAGGGCAAGUCAGUGUAAAAGAAUGUAAUCUUCCAUUUUAAUGUAACUAAGAUGAUAACUGAAUUGUUGAAAACUAUAUCAGAGAGAGGGGGGCAGGGAGAGAGAGAGAGAGAGAGAGAGAGAGAUCAAGUCUACAUGCCCAUUCUGCUUGAUCUAGUUGGACCAAUACAGACUCUUGGAAAAAAAGGUGAUCCCUUCAGGAACUCCAGCCCCAAACCAUGUAGGGCUUUAUAGGCAACCACCAGCAUCUUGAAUUGCAUCCAGAAACACACUGGUAACCAGUGAAGCUCACACAGGAAUGGUGUUAUGUAUGCUGUAUAUCUGGUACCCACACAGCUGCUUUCUGCACCAGUUGGAGUUUCCAAAUGAUCUUCAAGGGCAGUCCCAUGUAGAGUGUGAUACAGUAGUCUAACCUGGAAAUUAAGAAGCAUGAGUUACCGUGAGCAAGGCCUCCUGAUCUAGUAUGGGCACAACUGGUCCACUAUCCGAAGGUUUGCAAACGCCCUCCUAGCCAUGGCUUCCAACAUCCCUCCCCCCACCCCCUUUGAACUUUAGAGAGAUACAAUCUAAGGGCUCCUUAGUUUUUCAUGAGGUUGUGUCUCUUUGUACUUGCAGUCCGGCUUAGCCACAAUGGCUGUUAUCUCCACAACAGCGAGUGGUGGUAUUGCAGCACAAUGGGAAAAGAAAAUUUGGUGGGUAGGAGGGCACAGGCCAUUCGAACAAUACAAAUCACCACUGAAUAUUAACAUAGAACAGAUGUUCUGUGAUGAUAGACCCAAAGACAGGUCUAGGUAGCUAGGAAGAGAGCAAUUGCCAUGUUUUUGAGAAGGAAGCAUCACGCUGCAAGGGCAUAAAAGUUGGCAGAAUGUGGUAGAAAAACCUGAACAUCAAGAAGGACUUUUGUUGGUCUACUAAAGUACAACAGCUAGUGUUAAUAAGAGCACAAAUCCCUCCUUUGACUAGCUAUUAAAAAAACCAGAACCAUACAGUUUUAGAUACCUACUUAUUAAAUUGAAGUAAAUGUUUGUAGCCUGCAUCUGCUUUAGCAUCAGCAUAAAUCUCAAGAGACACCAGAUAUAUUAGGAUAGGUGAAUUUCAUGUCAGCAAUCCCUGGUGGGGGCAUAAACCAUCCAAGUCAAGAGUAUAAAGGAGAUUGCCAUUUCACUUAAAGAUUAAGUAUCAAACAGGAAAGUCAAAAAAGGUGGUGAAGGUCAACCCAAAAGAUGGGAAGAGGUCUACUGAGAGACCCCUAGAGUGCAUGUUCCAUACCACAUGCAAGAUAAUAUUUUGUAUGCUGUCUAGUCAAAAGCACAGGGACUGUGGGAUUGUUCUGGAAUUUAUGAACAGGGACCUUAUACAGAUAGUCCUCAACUUAUGACCAUGAUUGAGCCCAAAAUUCCUGCUGCUAAACAAGGCAGUGAGUUUGGGCCCAUUUAAUGAUUUUUCUUGCCACAGUUAAUUGAAUCACUGCAGUUGUUAAGAUAGUAACAUGGUUGUUAAGUGAAUUUGCCUUCCCCAUUGACUUUGCUUGUCAGAUUGUCACAAAAGGUGAUCACAUGAUCCUGGGACACUGCAAAAGUCAUAAAUACAAGCCAGUUUCCAAGCAUCUGAAUUUUGACCACAUGACUAUGGGGAUGCUGCAAUGGUUGUAAGCAUGAAAAACGGUCAUAAAUCGUUUUUUUCAGUUGUAAUUUUGAAUGGUCACUAAACAAAUAAUUGUAAGUUGAGGAUUACCUGUAAUUCAAUACACAAUCAAUUUGUGUUAUCAACAAAAGAUGAAUUGAUUUGAGGGGGUUUUCUAGAAGUACAAUUCCUUGGUAAAGGAAUUCAGUAAAAGUCCAUAUAUUUAUUAGUUCAUAUUUAUAGCAGCAAUAGAUGACUUGUAUAAGUGAAAGAAGACAGCGCUAUUGUACCCCAGAAGAAUGCCGAAUAAGGGAACACCUCCAAUAGGGCAGAUGGGUGAAGCAAUCUUAAACAGAUAGCUAUGUCAGAAGACAGAUUCGUGAUAAAAUUGUCCUGCCAAUGGUCAUGCUAAAUAGAUCUCCCAUUUUAUUUCUUCUGGAGAUAAACAUGAUGAUGUUGGCCUCGUACUAAUAAUCAAUAAAGUAAAGGGAUUUGUAGGUAAUUUAGUCUUAUUGACAAGUUUUUCCCUAAUGUGGUGGAAAGUGAAAUGCAUUGCCAUCCAGUACCAAAUAAACCAAUUUAUAUUUCAUUGGAAUUGUAUGCAAGUCUCAACUCAAAAAAUGAAUUCCUGUUCUAGCAUCUGACCUCUGAAUCUUUAAGUAUUCACCACUAUACCACUAGGUUUAGUGGUAUUUCCCCUCCCCUUCCCUCUUCCCAGUCUUUGCAAGAAUUAAUCAAACAGUGUUCUGUAGUGUGUAACAAUAAAUAAUAUUUAUUGCAGUUGUUUGGCAGCUAUUUAGUGGUGAAAUAACCAUUAAUAUGUUACUUUCAACAAAACUUUGAAUUAUAGUAAAUUGCAGAAUUUUAGUUAAUUACAAAAAAAAUCAAGGUAUUUAGUUUGAUUAUUUCAUGAUACAGAUCUGUUGUUUUUCAUUUUAAUACUGCUCUAUAGAGAAUAUAGCAAUCUCAAACUUCUAAUAUAAAUGCUAUUUACAAAAACAAAUAUACUUCAAAAAGAAUCCUGCACAAUAUCACAAAACACAAUUCUUCCUGAAGAGUGAAUGCCUUUUGAAUCAUUAAGAAACUAUCAUGUUGCUGCAUACUGAAUAAUACAUGCCAGUUUACUAUAAAUAUACAAAUACUUUGUCGCAUACACUUUGUGCCUUUAUAGUAAUUAUUUAUUGUGAAAUUAACAAAUAUUAUCAGGAGAAAUGUCCCUUAAUCACAUGGGACUAUGUUUUUUUUUUUAAAUCUUAGAAGAUGGUAGCCUAAUUAUUAAAUAUUUUAAAUAAGAUCCCUCUCUUACUUGUCCAAAAGUAACCCAUGAAAAAGCUGUUUUGCAGCUUUUUGUAAUUUCUCUCUAAAAAGUAUUAAAUAGCACUGCCAUUAAUAUAACUUCAACCCCAAAUGUUAUGAGUGAGGUAUUGAUAUUAACCCAAAAUACCUUAAAGGAAUAUCCAUGUGAUUAGGAAGAAUAAUUACUUGGAAGUAUUUCAGCAUUUUUUCCUCAGCUGUGUGGAUUGUUGAAAUUUCAGGUAAAACACCUCUAUUUCAUAAAUAUUCCAUGCUUUUUUUUCUACCUUCUUACACAUUCAUUUAAAUUAAAUGUUCAACAUACAAUAUAUCUGCAAUUUCAUAUCAGAGUAAUAUCCAGGAAGAAUCAAAAUGCAAAGGCAAAAUAAAAAAUCUAUGGAAAUGUGAUUAGUAUAUCUAAUAAUGAUCCAUCUAGUUAUCCAUCCAAGGCUGUCAGGCAAGUAGUUCAAGUUCCUCAAAGAAAUUUUCCUCUCCAGCUAAUUGCAAAUUUUUACAAAAUUGCCACAUCUACAAAACAGAAAGAAAGAAUCCCUUAAAUUUAUAAUAUGAUGUAUGAUUAAGGCAUAACCACAUUCUCAAUUUUAUGUUUAUUAUUCAAAGUACAAUAAAAAUAAUCUAUUAAUACUAUUUACACUGUUUAGGCUAUUAAUAAUGUACUAAUACCAUUUAGGUUAGGGCUGUGGAAAUCACCUAAGACUAUUACUUCAAGAAAUAUAAUGUGACAAGCAAAGCACUCCUCUUUUCUGUAUUGAAGCGGCAACAUCCUUCAAAAGGUUCAGCCCUUAGGGGUAUUUUCUGGUUCAUUAUUUAAUUAUUUAUUUCAAACCCCAAACUGGGAUUUACUCCCCAAAUUUACUUCCCAAAUUCCCAAACCCUCUUCUUCUUUUUCCACACUAUGGAGAACCUAUAAGGUAGAUUGGGGUGAGGGACCGUGGCUGACACAAAUUCACCCAGUGAGCUUCCAUGACUUGAAAACCUGAGUCUUCCCAGUAGCAUUUCAAUGUUUUAAUUAUUACAGCCAUUGGUUUUUAAUGUUCCCUGUUCAUGCAAGUUCACACACAGACAACAUUUGUGCUGGGACCUCCGGUGAAGAAAGGAAUUGCCUAGGAAUGUAUAAUGUGGUGUUCCUAUAAAGCAGACAUUUUACUACCAAGCUAUUGUUCUACCUUUCAACUUGAAAAUAUUGGGAGGAGUUUCAAGACUGAGUGUGACAGAGGGAACUGUGAGAAAGGACCUUGACAAUGAACUGGGAUAUAGGAAUACACCUUAUCAGAGUUUGGAAUUCACUUUACUUUCAGGCUACUGAACUUAUCAGUCACAUUUGGGAACUUCAUAUUUGUUCCUCAAUAAAUGAGCUAGGGACUCAUUUAUUUAUUUAUUUUAAAGGAAGGCUGACAGGUCUACAAUUCCUGAGAUUUCUGGUUGACUGAGCACAUAUCGAACUAGACAGGGCUGAUUUUGACAAACUGAUCUCUCUUCCUUUGCAAUAGGCAAAGCUGGGCUCCAUAUAAUAUAUUUCCACUUGUGAUUAAAAUCCUCAAGGACAUAAAUCCUCAAUUCCUAAAGCAGGAUCUGCUAUCAAGCAUGCAGGGAAAGAAGAAAAAACAAAGCAAUACACAGUCUAGAUGAGACAGAGCUGUUCUGGCACUAGCGUGGAGGAAAAAUAUAAGGAUCACUAGAUCAAGCAAAUUUUUCUCUGACUUCCUUCAGCUUGUAAUGUUACUCUAUCUAGCUAAGCAAAUUUAGCUUUCAGUGGAUCUAGGGGGGAAAAGGCUGGUUUCUGGACAUAUAAUUCUCUCUCAGCACAGAAAGAAAAGAGCCAAAGUUAUCCAGGGGUGAAAUCCAAAAGAAAAAUGUUCAACUGGGUUUGACAUUUUGCAUUCAUAUGUAAAAGUUACCUCCAGCUCUUAAUACAUUGUAUUGCUAUGAAAAUCA